UGGCCUAUGAGAACGAAAAGCUACACGAGUUGUACUUACAUUGGCGAUUAUUUUUUGGCGAUUUCUGGCUCUGCCGGAUAUCCUUGACCAAUCAAAAUGAUCGGUGUUUUAAUUUUAGGUUUUUGGGAAUGUGAACGGUGUGUACCCUCUUCACUGCCCUUAUUUCUGUUUCUUUUUUUGAGAAUUUUAAGAAAUUGAAAUUUGAAGGAAUUGCGUUAUUUUAAAUAAAGUAUUCAUCAUUGUACAUUUAUAUAUUCUCUCAUGAAUGUUCUAAGUUAUCCUUUACAAAUUUGUAGUUUUCUUAAAAAUUGUGAAACCUAAACGAAGUACUAUUGGAUUUCGAUCUUUUAGAUGCAUGAAGUGAAGUCAUGAUGUGUUCAUGUAGGUGAAAUCUGCAUCAGACUUCUAGAUGAAAAUUUCAGUGGCAUGGAUGUGCUUGCUGAACGCAUCUUAUUGGAUUUGAGGAAUACUUUUAAAAAGGAUCCAUUAAUUGAUGAAUUUGAUGUGCUUCCUGUUCAUGAAUCAGUCAGCAAUAAGUGUCCAGUUAUUCAUGUGGAUCACAAGAUAGCUUUGGAGGAUUGGUGCGUGAAGCACGUCUAUGUAUAUGCUUACUCUAAAUUCUUUGCAUGGAGGAAAAGGCCUUAUAAGAUAGAUUCAGAAUGUUUUUUAACCUGGACAAGUGCAAUUCUGUUAAUCAAUCCGGAAGUAGAAACUGUUUGGAAUGCUAGGAAAGAAUUUGUGUGCCAAAACCUUCUUCUUCCUGAAAAUGAACUUAAAUUUUCUGAAUUGGUGUUGAGCCGAAAGCCCAAAAGUUCUCCAGUUUAUGCUCAUCGAAAAUGGGUGCUACUAGAAUAUUUUCAGGGAAAAGUCUCACCAUGCUCCUUACAGCAAGUGGUGGAUCAUGAGUUUAAAUUAUGCAGUCGGGUUGCAAACCUUUAUCCUAACAACUAUUAUGCCUGGUGCCACAGAUCAUGGCUUAUGAAAGAGAUAUGUCACAACUGCCACAAGAUUGUUUCUGAAGAGCUUACUUGUAUGGAAAAAUGGGUAUCUACUCAUGUCUCAGAUCACUGUGGAUUCCACUAUCGCCAGUACCUUCUUUCUUGCUACUCUGGGGAUGAUGAAGGCAUUGUCACUUGCCCCUUGCAUGCAACAGGUGAUGACAGCUGCUCUCCCAAGCAAACUGCACUCUUUGCACCUCUGCUUCGGCAAGAGAUGUCUCUCCUCUGCAAUCUGCAAGCCGCCUAUCUUGGCCAUGAGACUCUUUGGUACCAUCGGCGCUUCCUCAUCCAUGAAUUUCACAAGCUAGAGGUCUCCAUAGUGAAGGAUGGAGAAGAAACAGGUAGCUGUAAGCGGCAUAAGUGGGACAAGGGGCAAGAAUGGGAUACUGCAAUGGAAGAGUCCUUCUUGGUAGAGAGCUUCAAACGUGCCUCUGGCAAUGACUGGGAACAGACUCUGAUAGAGAGACACAUCAAGUGGCUAAAAAAUGUUGUUUAUUGGUCGGUGUCUUUAACACCCAGUUGAUUUUUAAUAGGUUUAUUUCUUUACAAUGUAGAGAAAGUGAUUGUGUUAAUAAAAAUUUUAUUCUUUUAGUUAUUACA